AUGGCCUUCAAGCUCACACUUCCUCCGAUGCAUGCUGGAGGCGGCCGCCGCCGCCGUCUCUCCCUGCUGCUGCGUCUCGCCGCUGCCUGCUACCUCCUCCUUCUUCCGCCGUCCCGCGCGUCGUCGUCGUCGUCGUCGGUGGUGACGCACCUGCCGGGAUUCGACGGCUCUCUGCCCUUCUACCUGGAGACCGGGUACGUGGGCGUGGACGAUGACACCGGGACGGAGCUCUUCUACUACUUCGUGGAGUCGGAGCGGAGCCCGCGCACGGACCCCGUGCUCCUGUGGCUCACCGGCGGGCCACGCUGCACCGUCUUCAGCGGCCUCGCCUUUGAAGUAGGUCCUAUAAAAUUUGUGUUGGCACCUUAUACGCCUCACCAAAGCAGCCUGCCGCAGUUGGUCUACAACCCAUAUUCAUGGACACAGAUGGCAAGUAUUCUCUUCGUGGAUUCCCCUGUUGGCUCUGGUUUCUCGUAUGCGCGGGAUCCCAAAGGCUAUGAUGUAGGAGACUACUCAUCGUCUUUGCAAAUCGUCACAUUCCUGAAGCAGUGGUUCAUCGAUCAUCCGCAGUACCUUUCAAAUGUUUUCUACAUUGGUGGAGAUUCGUAUGCUGGAAAGGUGGUUCCACUUAUUGCACAGUAUAUUUCAGAAGGAAUUGAUGAAAGGCAGCAGCCUCGCAUCAAUCUCAAGGGCUAUCUAGUUGGCAAUCCUGUAACAGACUCUAGGUUUGAUGAAAACUUCGUGAUUCCAGCUUCUCAUGGCUUUGGAAUCAUAUCUGAUCAACUAUACGAGGCUGCAGUGGAGCAUUGCAAAGGAGAUUAUGUAAACCCUGCAAACAAAUUGUGCGCUGAGGUGCUGCUCACUAUUAAAGAUCUCCUUUCUGAAAUCCCAAAAGCACAUAUCCUGUACGACGUAUGCCCUGUAGCUGCGCCAAAACCCAAAUAUAAUGGCGAUUCAAGAAGGGUUCUAUCAGAAGAAUCUAUACAGCUAAAUGAGCCACCGGGUCGUCCUAAACUUCAUUGUUUUACAUAUGGUUACUACUUGGCUUACUAUUGGAUGAACAACGAUACUACCAGGGAUGCUCUUGGGAUCAAGGAGGGGACAGUUGGCGAAUGGAUAAGGUGCAUCGAAGGGCUUCCUUACGCAAAAGACCUCCCAAGGAGCAUCAAGUACCAUUUAAACCUCACGACCAGAGGUUACCGUGCGCUUGUGUACAGUGGAGACCAUGACCUUAUGGUGCCAUUCCUCGGCACGCAAGCGUGGAUAAGAUCACUGAAUUUCUCCAUAGUUGAUGACUGGAGAGCGUGGCACCUCAACGGCCAGGCUGCUGGGUUUACGAUAACAUACACCAACAAUUUGACCUUUGCGACGGUGAAGGGUGGCGGCCAUACCACUCCAGAAUACCAGCCUGAAGAAAGUUUCGCGAUGGCUCAAAGGUGGCUGGACGGUGAGCCUCUCUGA